AUGCUUGGCCUUCAGGCGAUCGUCGCCGUCGCCGCAUUUUUUGUUGGUGGAGCUGAAGCCAUUGGACAGGCUACAUGUGUUUCUUUCCAGUCGACAUCGUCUUCAUUCUCCAUAGUCUCUAACGGUAAAGCCGCACCCAUCUACGUUUCGCCCGAUGAAUGGCCUGGCGUGCAACUUGCCGCAGCUACAUUUGCCGAGGAUAUCGAGCGGGUUACAAAUAUCUUACCUGUUGUGUCGAACGUUACGUCCUCCGGUGUCCAAUCUGGAAGCAUCCCAAUCAUUGUCGGUACCCUUGGCCAAUCUUCUCUGAUUGCGCAGGUCAUCAAUCAAACGAACUUGGAUGUUUCGUCUAUUGAUGGGCAAUGGGAGGCGUUCAUGACCAAAGUAGUAUCUAACCCCUUACCCGGUGUGGACAGUGCGUAUGUGGUGAUUGGUGCUGAUAGACGUGGUACAAUCUACGCGUUAUAUGACCACUCUGAACAGUUCGGUGUCUCACCGUGGUACUGGUGGGCAGAUGUUCCAACGAAACAAAACUCUGAUAUUUUCGUGUCUGCUGCCGGGUGCGCUCAUGGGUCUCCUACAGUCAAGUAUCGCGGUAUUUUCUUCAAUGAUGAGCAGCCUGCCCUCCAAAACUGGGCCAUGGAGAAAUUCUCGAAUGGUACUGGUGCAUACUACACCGGAUCACCCUUCAAUCACAUGUUUGAGCUGAUAUUGCGAUUCAAGGGGAACUAUCUUUGGCCAGCUAUGUGGAGCAGUGCUUUCGCCGUCGAUGAUCCUACGAACCAGUACUACGCGAACAUGUAUGGAGUUGUGAUGGGUACGAGUCAUGAAGAGCCUAUGAUGCGCUCCACUCCAGUGGAAUGGGAUAUAUUCGGUGUCGGUGCUUGGGACUACGCUACAAACAAGCAGAAUAUAUACGACUUUUGGAUGGCUGGAGCUGAACGCGGGAAGCCUUUCGAGAACGUCUACACUGUGGGCAUGAGAGGCUUGGGCGACUUACCAAUGACGUCGCCCUCUGUCGGGGAUGAUAUUACACUUUUGGAACAAGUUAUAUCUGAUCAGAGGCAAAUAUUGACAGACGUUUUCAACGGAACGAAUGUUACGACCAUUCCUCAAAUGUGGUGUCUCUACAAAGAAGUGCUUGGGUAUUAUGAGCAGGGCAUGACAGUGCCCGAAGAUGUUACUUUGCUAUGGACUGAUGACAAUUACGGAAACAUUGAACGACUCCCGAUCGCAAGCGAGCGCAAUAGAUCGGGUGGUGCUGGUGUAUACUAUCAUUAUGACUACGUCGGAGACCCUAUGGAUUACAAAUGGAUUACUAGCUCACAAAUAGCAAAGACCUACGAACAGAUGUCUUUGGCCGUCGACCGUGAAGCAGUUCGCAUCUGGAUCCUUAACGUCGGCGAUCUCAAGCCUUACGAAAUGCAAACGGAAUUUUUCAUCAACUACGGCUGGGAUGCAUCAAUCUGGACUCCGGAUAACCUCAAUACCUUCGUCAGCGCCUGGGCUCAGCGCGAGUUCGCUCUCUCCACGGAAGACACUGAGACGAUCACUCAGAUCAUCGCCAACGUUUCUAUGUACAACUCUAGAAGGAAACCAGAAAUGUUGAAUGGUACGACAUACAGUCUGGCCAAUUACAGAGAAGCUGAAUACAUGCUUCGUGACUGGGAGAUUGUGCGGAACGCAUCUACAGCUAUCUACGACAAACUUCCGUCAGCGAUGCAGGCGGCAUUCUUCGAGCUCGUUCAACACCCUGUGGAGGCCAGUUAUACCAUCAACACCAUGUGGAUAUAUGCUGGACUGAAUAACCUCCACGCAUCUCAAGCAAGGCUCAGCGCCAAUGACUAUGCCGAGAAAGUGAAAGAGCUGUUCCAACAAGACUGGGACCUCGAAGUUGAAUACCACACGAUUUUGGAUGGUGAGUAUCUACAGCUCUACAUGAUGGACCAAACGCACAUUAUGUAUUACUACUGGCAACAACCAAUGCAAGACACCAUGCCAUACGUGACUUAUGUCCAACCUCGAAAGCAAUCACUAACUGGCGUCAUGCGGAUCGUACCGGAACAAAGCUUGGGUGCAUGGCCUGGAGAUAACAUGAACGACUGCGCUCAAGGAUACAGUUGCCCCAAUCCCACCAUGACGCUCGACCCGUACGUGCCGUUCCAGAACCGCUACGUCGACGUCGGUUCGGGUGGCCCCGUCCCGUUCACAUUCACGGUGACCAGCAACGCAAGCUGGCUCGAUCUUUCUCCCUCCUCGGGAUCCAUAUCCCCCGAGAACCCAGAGCAGCGCGUGUACAUCAGCGUUAACGACUGGAGCCAAGUAACCGGCGCAGAGACCGCCAUGAUCAACUUCAAUGCAAGUGCCUACACUGAGUACGAGAUUGUGGAAGACACAGAGUUGCUGAACGUACCUAUCACGUUCAUCGCGAACCACACAGUGCCGCCUAGCAACUUCUCUGGCUUUGUGGAAGGCGAUGGGGUUAUUUCAAUCGAAGCUGCUCAUACCGCAAGCAACGCCUCCGUCGCUGGAAUCAACUGGAUCGAGCUACCCGGUUACGGACGAACCCUCUCUGGCAUCACCCCCUGGCCUCGAAUGGGCGACAACGGCACCAACUUCACAGCUGGCACCGGACCUUCCGUGACAUACGACUUUUACAACUUCAACACGAUCGGCCAAGCCGGCAACGUCACCAUCACCACCUUCGUCGGACCCUCCCUCAACGCCAACGGCGCCGACCGGCCCAUCGCGUUCGCCAUCCAGGUCGACGACGAGAGCCCGCUGACGGAGUAUUUCAUCCCCGACUCUACGCCCGGCACGCUGCCCGCUGCGUGGGACGGCAUGGACGGGUUCGCGGCGACGAACGUCGUGCCGGUGAUGACGAACUUUACGGCGCCGCCUGGGGCGCAUACGCUCAAGAUCUGGAUGGUCGAGCCUGCUGUGGUGGUGGAGAAGAUCGUGAUAGAUACUGGUGGACUCAUGCCAAGCUACCUCGGUCCUCCGGAGAGUAUGAUUGUCUAAGUGUUGAAAGUGUCGUGCAGCGCUAUUCAAGCUUUCAAUUUCGCCUGCCCUCGGACAAAAAAAAGCUAGUGUACAACUAGAUCAUUGUAGUGCCCCCUUGAUAUCGUGUAUAAAACGUCUUGCUCUUUU